AUGGAGCAGGGGGUGUCGGAGGGGAUGAUGAAGGGGCUUGGUGAUGUCCCCCUGUCGCCCACCCUGCUUCCUUGGGACCGAUUUUCUAACUGGCUUCACUGUGCGUGUGUUGUCACGUUUGAUCUGGAGCUGGGGCAGGCGAUGGAGUUGAUCUAUCCAGGCCACGUUAAACUCACAGAUACUGAGAAAGCCAACAUUUGUUACCUGUCUUUCCCAGACUCAAAUUCAGGUUGUAUGGGAGAUACUCAAUUUCACUUUCGAAUCAGACAGAGUCCUGGACGAAAGACUACAUCCAAAUCUCACCAAUUCAGUAAGGAUUAUCCUGUCUCAAUUCAGAGUGAUGGUGCCUAUUACUAUGGCUUUGUGUUCUUCCGACAAACCAAGGAUCGCUCAAUUCGCAGAGGUUACUUCCAGAAGUCCUUAGUAUUACUCUCCAAGCUGCCAUUUGUAGCACUGUUCCAACAACUUGUCAGCAUUAUAGCUCCUGAGUACUUUGAAAAUGGUGAACCAAGUCUAGAAGCAGCAUGCCAUGAUAUAGACCAAUGGCCAGAUCCAGUACCUGGUGAGACAGUCAACUUGCCCAUAUUUGGCAGUGUUCUACAGACGUCCAUCGAGUCUCGAGUUCCAUCACGUUCAGAUAAAGUAUUAGGCCGAGGUCAAAACAUACGUGUUGGGGCGCCUACAGUCCCAGCCCAUUCCAUUCUGCCCUCUCUGUAUGAAGUGGACAUUUACAGUGCGUUUCUACCUAUUCUACCUCACAUUCAGAUGUUAUGGGAAUUAGUCCUAGCAGGGGAGCCAUUGGUUGUCAUGGCAGCAUCUCCAUCUGUAACAUCAUCCACAGUGCAGGCCUUGAUCAGUCUGAUCGGGCCCCUGAAAUUCUACGGUGAUUACCGCCCAUAUUUCACAAUCCACGACAGCGAGUUUAAGGAGUACACCACAAAGACACAGGCACCACCCCCAGUAAUUCUUGGUGUGACGAAUCCAUUCUUUGCAAAAACACUCCAGCACUGGCCAAAUAUUAUUCGCAUUGGAGAAAUGACACAUGGAUCUUCAAAAAUUUUCAACAAGUUGAAAAAAGCAAGCAGCUUGAAAACAUUGGAUUCCAAGCCAGGUGUGUAUACACGAUACAAAGCUUUCCUCACCAAAGAUAAAAUUAUCCUCAAGAGAUUAGUAAAGGGUAUCCAGAGUAAACGACCUCCGGAGGCCCAGAAUGCAAUAUUACGACGUCACUUCCUGGAACUCACUCAUAGCUUUAUGAUACCUCUGGAGAGAUACAUGGCCAGUUUGAUGCCUCUACAACGUAACAUAUCACCUCACAAGGGGCCUCCUAGGCUGCGGCCAUUUGAUCCAGAGGAGUUUCUACGUUCCUUGGAACACUCCGGCCCCCAAUUGACAUCGGGUGUGAAAGGUGACUGGGAGGGUCUAUAUCGCAAGUUUUUCAAAAGCCAGAAUUUUGAGGGUUGGUAUUACCACCGCCAGCAUGAAGUGAACCAGAAACUUCAAGUUCUACAUAUGGAGGCUCUGUGUGAUUCAGAUCUGGUGGCCUGGAUACAAGACAAAGAGGAGGUGGAGAUUGUUGACCUCAUCCUUCGCAUACGAGAAAAAUUGGCAUUUGCUGCAACAAAUCAGAUUGUUGUGAGUAGUGAGAGUUUAUUAAAACUUAAUAAACACAUGGACAAUAUCAUCUCGUCAUUGCCAGAAGAUCUGCAGGCAGUUCUAAAGAGUUGACACCGGACAAUAGGAUAGUUACCAUAUUGACAAUCUCCACAAGUCCAGCUGCAGCUGUCUUGGAAUUUCCUCGUCGAGGGUCAUCUGCUGAACGUAUCAGACAUGGAGUUGAUAUUGUAUAUCAGCAGUGCUGAAUACGGUCAACUCAAGGGCAGCUGUCAAUAUCCAUCUGGCAGCUCCAAGGUCAUCGUCAUGGCUCCCAUCCAAGUGGUCAGCAGCAAAGUAUCUGUAAUGCACUAGCCAUUGGCAAGACAGGUCAGGACCAGUGGCACUUCAGGACAGUUAGACAGUGUUUGUGACCAAAGAUCAGGAUAGUGACACUAAAGGUCAUAAUAUAAUGACCUUUGACACUUGGACUGGAUGCUAACUUCCCAUCAGUAACAUAUUACAUACAAGGGUAGACUUGGGUUCCUUAUCCCAAGUGUUGUAAUACUGGCACUUUGGUACUUGUCAGUUUAACCAC